AUGUCCAACAAGCCACCAAAAAAAGCCAUAAAGGCUUAUGAAGCAAAAGUCCAUAUGCAUAGUGCCGAUAAUUUAGAAGCAGAAAACUCUGAUGAUAUUGGCAAUCUUUCCGUUUGUAACAAUGCGAUUGAAAAUAAUAAUGCUGCAAGCAUUAUGAAAAGAUUUCAAGCAGCGGCUCAACAAUAUGAUCAUAACAGUGAUAACACUGAUGAUAAUGAUGAUAAUUUUUCUGCUUAUAAUGAGCCAAUUGAAAAUGAUAAUGCUGAAAACAUUGAAACUCGGUCCGUACUAAAAGAAGAAAAAAGACAGCAACAACAUGAGGCAGCAAAAGGAACCCCUCCACUACAUACCUUUUGGAAUCAAGAAAAAUUACAGGCUAGUGGAGAAGAAUUGUAUGAUGAACAGUCAGAGAAUGAAGAUCAGUUGGAGAAAGUCAAUGAGGAACAAUCAGAGAAUGAAGAUCAGUUGGAGGAAGUCAAUGAGGAUGAGGAAGAUUUUGGGGGAUUGUCAGAGGACGAGAUUGAAGCUUGUAAUUUACUUAAAAAAAUUCCAGCCGCUCUUGAAAAUCUAGCAUUAGAUAUCGAAAAAGAAAACGUAAAUAGUGAGGUUUGGAUUCGUCUUAAUAGCAUUCGUUUUUAUCUUCAGCUUGUUAAAAAUAAUCAUCAAAAAAUGGAAGCAAGUAAAAUCAUUGCAGAUGCAGCAGGAAAAGAGGUGUAUCAUGCUAGGUGCAUUCGUUCUUGGGCGCAUGAAUACGUUAUGGCACAUCAGAUUCCUUAUUCUUGCCGUGGGCAUCACACUAAAACAUGGAGCUUUCUUUGGGAUGAAGAUAUUCUUCUUCAAAUAAAAUCAUAUGUUCAAGAAAAUAAGUGGAAUAUUACACCAUAUAUGAUCAUGUCGCAAAUAAAUGAGGUUCUUUUACCAGGGCUUGGAUUUGCACCACCUCCAACAAUUUCUCUCAAUACUGCUAAAAAUUAUUUAAAGGAGCUUGGGUACGUCUAUGAAAGAGUAAAAAAAGGUGUUUAUAUAGAUGGACAUGAGAGAGAAGAUGUAGUAGCUUAUCGGGAGAUAUUUUUGCAGCGAAUAAGUGAACUUGAGUAUAGAAUGUCUAUAUUUUCAGGAGAUAACAUGGAAGUGGGGACUUGGCCAGACAGCAAUACAUAG